CAUCUCCAGAGGACAAUGACAAGCACUUGUGCUGCCCUUUGUAGGUUUUCUCUUCCAUAGUGCAUGCUGUAAGUGGACUGAAACAGUUGUUUGUUUCUUUCUUUUACAGUCCCACGUUCUAUCAACAAUUAACCAGCAGUACCGCAAGUUCUUGUCGGCCCCGAAAGGGAUAAUUACUACUACGACUAUUCACAACCAACAAACAUACCAUUACCUUCUCUUGCUCGCGCCAUGGAGCAUGAUGUGAACACAUUGUUGGAAAGACUCCGCCAGGCAGAGCAGCGAGCUAUUCAGGCAGAACAGCGAAUCAGUCAGGCAGAGCAACAAGUCGAACCAAGCACCCUUCUUGGUCUUCUCGAAGGGUGUCAUGAGCUUUCUCUUGCUAUCCCUGUCGAGGCAGAUGCAAUUUUAACAACCCAGGAUGGCCCAACAAUUCCUGUCAGUAGAAUACGGCCUAAACGCUUAGUACCUUGGGAAUGGUUUCGAGGCCAUCUGGGAAGCAUUCGAUAAAGAAGGCCCCGGUUUUUCCACGCAUCGCGCUUUCGCGUCCAAGAAUCAACUGGAUCUCAUUCCGGCAAGAUAUUCUACCAAUAAGGUCCGAACUUCAACUUCAAUACUUCCAACGCGACACAGUGGAUAAAUUCGUAAAAUCAAUUCUAAAAGAGAUACACAACAACGACAGACUUCGACGGCGCUUCAAACUCCAUGGACAUAUUAGUUUCGAGGACCAUAACAAUGCCGAUGACAUGACCUCUCCACUCGAAACGUCAAUGCAACAGCUUCAAAUAGCAGAAUCGGUACAACACGUACCUUCUACCCGAGGCAGAGCACGAAGUGCACAGCGGCCGAUCCAUCGGAGACGACGCAACCGUCGCGCUGACCAGUUCUGCGUCCAUGUAUUAUCAGACGAUCAACGAGUGCCCGUGUACGCUGUCGAACACAAAGCUCCACAUAAGCUAUCGCUGGCUGAAAUACUCGCCGGUCUCCAUGAGAUGGAUUUGGAGACAGAUGUCAUUAACACGGAUGUAGAUAGCUUCGAAUACCAUGCUACUCGGCUCGUCGCAGCAGUAAUCACCCAGCUUUUCUCAUACAUGGUAGACGUGGGAGUCCAACACGGCUAUAUCUGCACCGGGGAGGCCUUCAUCUGCCUCCGCAUCACCGAAGAUCCUUCGGUUGUGCAAUACUAUUUGCUCCUCCCCAACCGGGAUGUCACUGACGAGGAUGAGCUUCGUCUACAUUGAACAGCAGUUGCUCAGGUUCUGGCCUUCACGCUCAACGCCGUGCAAGCUGAACGUCCAUCUCAGGCGUGGUACGAUGCAGCCGAUGAUUUGGACACGUGGGAAGUCGAAUACCUGGAUAUCUUGAAACAGAUACCGGAAUCGGUCCGCAAAGAGCCGCCGUCUUCCGAAUAUAAGCCCCCGUCGCGGAAACCCGUGGAUCGGUCUCCGUGUAUGCUACGACGGCGUUGUCAGCCUGACUUCCAGCCGUCACGGAAAAGCCAAGGAAUUGACGAUGAGGAUGAGCAUGGAGACGAAGCAGGAGCUUCUUCAAGCCCGCCUUCCCCUUCUCCGCCGCCUAAUAAUGCCUCUAGAAGGGCUCGA